AUGCAAGUAAUACGGGAAAUGGAUGAAGGUCUACUACAGAUCGACUUGCGGCACAUGUCGCGUAUAAGAGAAAUUCUUGGCAAUAAUGGCCGGUUUCGGUUGAUGACAGACGAAGGACUUUGUCAGCAGUUGCCGAAAUGGAUAGAACAGUAUUCGCCUCAGGAAGAGUUGGAAUUGUCUGAAGUGAAUCUGGAGCCCGAGAUAGAAAUUGAGGACGACUCUCUGCUAAGUGGAUACGAUUCAAAUGUGUCGCUUGAACCGUCUCUACUUAUGGAUACGUUUCAAAACUACGCAAUGGAGCCACUACCGUUACGACUUCAUGAGUGA